ACGAGCCAAUCAACUGCCGCGCUUUAUUCCACUUUUAUGAUACGAACGAAACCGGCAGCACACCGCUUCACCGCGGGAGCCAGAACGGCAUCAGAACAGCAUCCGAGCCGCACCGACAGCCCGCUUACAUACCGCCCGCCAGCCUCAGAGUAGUUCCCUAAUGGCAACGGAGGACAAAGGAAAAACGGCGGCGCCUCAGGCUUUACCGGAAACGGGAUCCCUCUCAGCAACGCACAGCAAUCUGAACAAUAAUAACAACAACAAUAAUAACAACAAAGACAACGAGGGAAGCGAAGGAGCCACAACAGCCACAUCUACUGCUGUUGAAUCCGGCGGGGCUGAAAAUAUAAUAGGAAACGGUUCAGCUGUUAAUACUGCCGGGGGCAAUAACGGCAAAUGGGUCCGUCUCAACGUCGGGGGGACGGUGUUUCUAACGACACGACAAACGCUGCUAAAGGAGCAGACUUCAUUUCUGUACCGACUGUGUCAGCAGCAGGACUUACACUCUGACACGGAUGAAACUGGUGCUUAUGUGAUUGACCGAGACCCUACCUAUUUUGGUCCCAUACUCAACUAUCUGCGACAUGGGAAGCUGGUUUAUAACAAGGAGUUGGCAGAAGAAGGUGUCUUGGAGGAGGCAGAAUUCUACAACAUCGCACCGCUGAUUAAAUUAAUCAAAGAGAGGAUUCUUGAGCGAGACUCCAAGGCCACACAGCAGGUACCACCAAAGCACGUGUACCGGGUGUUGCAGUGUCAGGAAGAGGAGCUGACCCAGAUGGUGUCCACCAUGUCGGACGGAUGGAAGUUUGAGCAGGUCAGCGUGCGUGCCUGCCGAAAACCCCACCCCGGACUGCUCUGGACUGUGGGUUGGACUGACACCGAGUCGAUUACCCUUCCCCUGAUCCUAAUGCUCCCAGUGUCCAAUUCUCCCCUCAGAUUCAGAGUACAGUAA